AGCGCUCUGACACUUUACUUUCCUGGGUUAAAAUUUUGUUAUUGUUUAAAAAAAAAAAUGUUGAACUAAAGCCCAAAAAAAUUUUGUUAUAUUUAAAUAUGACGUUUUUAUAUAUUUUAAGUUAUAUAUCUACAAUAAUUCAAAUAUGUUUCAUCACAAUAGCUAUUGCUGCCGGUUUGUAUUACUUAGCAGAAUUAGUAGAGGAAUACACUGUGAUAGCUAAAAAAAUUAUUUCAUGGCUUGUAAUAUUUACAACUUCAAUUUAUGUGUUAUUUAUUUUUGUUGACGAUUUACCCUGGACUAUGGUUUUGUGCGGAUUAACUGAACAACUUUUUCAUUUUAUUAUAAUGAAGGAUUUUCCCUAUGUAGAAUUUUUCUCAUUUUCCUUUCUUGGAGCAGUUUUAUUACUAAUAAUAAAUCAUAUAUUAGCUUUCCGAGAAUUUGCUACAAUUUAUUAUCCUUUUUCAGAGGUAAUGGCUUAUUUCACUUUAUGCUUAUGGCUUGUACCAUUUGCUCUAUUUAUAUCCCUGAGUGCAAAUAACAAUGUCUUACCAACGACUGUAAAUGAACAAACUCCAUUAUUAGAUAAUCACGACGUCGUGACAAAUUACUUUUCCAAAAAAGGAAAGAAAUUAGGAUUACUUACGUUUUUCAACUAUGCAAAAGAGUCUAUAUUACCCCAACGAGUGAAAAAAUCAUUUUAGAAACAAUUCCUACCAAAUUGGUGAGAUUUAAGUUUAAACUCCGAAUAAUAAUAAGAUUAAGCAGAACCUAUUUUCUGUAAAUAAGGUUUAGAAUUUUUGUAGAAUAAAAAUGUAAGUAGAUAAUAAUCUAUUUAUUGCAAUAUA